AUGAUAAUACCACAACAAUACCGAAACAACGUGUUGGACAUGAUACAUCAAGAACAUAUCGGAAUGGAAGUAAGUAUAGCGGGUAAUACGAUUAUACGUCAUACGGACCAAUUAAGGAAAAGAACCGAAAAUAUAUUAAUUGUAGAAUACGAAUUAGAAGAGAGAACUGAAAUAGAAGAGAAAACCGAAGAGAUAGUAAUCAAAGAGGAUGUAAUAAAAAAUAACGAUGAAAUGAAUUCAAUGGAGAGGGAGGAAGAAACAAGUCAAGAUCAAUAUCCCAAAAGGAUACGAUUGAAACCAGAUAGAGUGGGUCUAGGUACUAACGAUAAUGCCUUAAUCCGAAUUAUGACUACUCGCAGUGAAGUCGACUUGGAUUCAAUUAAAAACGCAUAUUAUUCUAAAUACAAUAAAUUUAUGGAAAAGUCUAUCAGGAGGGAUGUUUCAGGAAAAUUCCAAGCCUUAUUAGUCGCUGUGAUUAGAGGUAACAAGCAACCCAUUGGGUGA